CAAAAUUCCUGUCUCUGUCCCAUACAAAUGCAGGCGCCCGCAAUGGCGGCUUCUUCUUCCUUUGCUGUCCAGGGCCGUGCUUGCCACAGAUGCACUGCAAACAGUUGCGUGCGUGAGCAGAGAUCUGGUGGAAGUCAAGCAAGUGGUCCUCAAAGACUCCAAGCAAGGAUCGCAAGCUCAGCGGUCGAGCAUUUGAGAUGUAUGAGGAAGGGAGGCAAUCUGGUCAUGCGACCUGAGAAUGGCAGGCUGCUCUGGUUUCCAAUCAGCAAGGAGACUCCAGCGGUCAGCUUAAGAAGGAAGGGCAGCCAGCGAGUUGAGGCCAGCUCAAGCAAUGCUGACAAUGCGCAGUCAGCCAAGUCCGUGCAAGAAUGGCCACUUCCGACCACAUCCGACCUCAGCGUAGAGCAAGCACGGGGCGCCUGCCAGCGAGCAAUCGCCGAUGGGAAGACGCGGUUGCAGAUUGAAUUGUUGCUGCCGCUGAUUGGAGCUACGGACCUGGACGACUGGCCGGGCGGCAUCAAGCAACAGUUCAAGGCCGCUGUUCCCCUCGUCUACUCUCUUCUACGGGGCCUCGUCGGCACUUCUUCCGCAGAAGCGAGCAAGAAGACUUUGCUAGACGAAGCGGAUGCGGUCGGAGUCUGGGAAAGCGACAGCGUGGCUCUCGUGUUGUUUCCGAACGCUGAGACGGUUCCGGAUCUAGAGCGGCUCGCGGCAGUGGAGGGGCGACCGUUGUUGAUAAUGAAUCCGCAAUGGCAAGCGGGCCAGGUGAUUUCCGACUUUGGAUUUGGCGCGCGAAAACAGGCUUCAGAGGACUUUUUAGCGACUUUUGAGCCGGCUUACCAGCUACAACAGAAGAGGAUCCAAGGGGAGGACGUGCGGAUACUGCGGUGCUAUCCUGGACCCUAUCAGGUGUACCUUAUUGAUGACCGAGGUAAGAGUGACGUCGUGACCAGCUCGGAGACCUUGCCGACUUACAAAGAAAUUGACGCGUUGUUGAGAGGUAGGGUUGGUUCUAGAGCGAGCAAAAGCUGGCUUGAAAAGCUGAUGGGAGAGACGAAGUUCAAUCUAGAAAACAAGUUUUGACGAGCCUAUUUUGGAUGCAGCCCACGGAGAAUGUAUCCGACAAGUCAGUCGAGGUCUUUUCUGCCUGCUUUUGAACAUUCGUACAUUUUUCAUAGAAGUGACAUAUAACUGAGUUGCUUGCGAACCGAAGUCCAAUUGGACUUCUCAUCGAUGGGCCGGUCCGACAUAACGUG